AUGUUUUGCGCGCAGCAACAAUUAAAAAACUUAUUGAAAAAAUGUGAAGCAAAAGGCGUCAAAGUAAAUCAAUUGAAAUGUGUAAGAGAGUUUUUAAAGGAACACGACAACUGCAAACCAAAGAAACGGAAUUAUUUUAAAGCAAUUCUGAUAAUAUCUCUGCUCAUAUAUGCUCUUAUUUACUAUUAUGGCCAUUUGCGUACUGAGCAUUGUUCGCUAUUAAUGCCACAAGCAAUGCGUUACGCUUUUCGUCCUCCCGAGAAUUGUGAGUUUUGCAAACAAGUCAAACAUAUGGAACAUGUAAGAGAUAUAAGCAUUGAAGAAUUCACUGAACGAUACGCUUACUCUGGUAGACCGGUUAUUGUUGAAGAUGCUACAACAAAUUGGACAGCUUUGGAGAAAUUCAACUAUUGGUACUUUCGUGAUAUUUAUAAUCGAGCUAAGAACAGAGAAAAAGUGCUGGAUUGUCAAUUCUUACCGUACAACACGGGUUUUCGUCAUCUGUAUGAGGCUUUAGAUAUGCCCGCUGAAAGAGUCGAGUUUUACAAAGCUAAGCAGAGAGGAGAGUCACCGGAGCCCUGGUAUUUCGGUUGGAGUAAUUGCAAUGGCGAAACAGCAGAGGAAUUUCGCCAACAUUAUGGACGUCCGUAUUUCUUACCGGAAUUGUCAGAAAGUAGUCCUAUAGAUUGGUUUUUCAUGGGCACAGAAGGCUUAGGCGCACAAAUGCAUGUAGAUAAUGUACGUUUGCCAUCUUGGCAAGCUCAGUUAGCGGGUAGCAAACGUUGGCUAUUAGCCCCGCCACCCGAAUGCUAUUUCCAUUGUUCGAGCUUUGAGGCACUAGUAGAAGAGGGUGAUAUCAUUGUCUUGGAUACAAACAGAUGGUAUCAUCAGACGUUCGUGCAACCCGGAGCUAUAAGUUUAACUAUAGGUGCGGAAUAUGAUUGAAAAACAUAAAAGUUGAAAAUUAAAACCACAUCUACAUAGCAUUGCAAGCGUAUAUAUAUGUAAAUUGAUGUUGCGCUAAGUAAUACGAGAUAUGCUUACAUAUGUUAUAAUCUUAAGAAAAUAUAUAAAUAAUUGCAUAAACCGUGAGUGUCAGUAACCGAGCCGACAGCAACAAAAACAACAGCAACUAGAGUUAUUUUUAAUAUUAUUUAUAUAUGAUAUGAACGACAACAAAUUGAAAGACAUAACAGUUGAGUUCGAGUGUCGAAAAUACAUCAGAUAUACAUAUAUGUGUAAGUGUACGUGUAUGUGUUACUACAAAGUUAUACAAAAACUAUAUUACAUCACAUGAUAGUAACAUAUGCUUAAAGAUUUAAAACAAAAAAUAUCUUGCAAUCAUUAUUAUGCUUUUAAUGAUCAUUAAAAUGAUGAUAAUGAUGACGAUGACGAUGCUAAAGCUUGUUGUCUCUCUUGUCGUCAGCGCAGUUUCUAAACAGAGGAAACACAUGUUAUGCAUAGAAAAAUCAAUGAAAAUAUUUUUCAUUUAUUCAUAUACAAUAUAUUUAUGUCGUUCACUGCAGAUUUUGCGUUGGUGUUUCAACUUCCAAAUGUUCUUAUUAAACGGAGAAAAAGCAAAAAAAAGACUAAAUAAAAUUUAAAAAACUUAUUGAAAUCUUUACCACUUUUCUAAAUGUCAAUGUUUCGCUUUAAGGUUAUUUUAUUUGUUUUCUUAAUUUUUUUUAUUUUUA